AUGUACAAUUUAUCCAGUAUUUCAACGGAUGACUAUGAUGAUGGUAUUUCGUCUAGCUCGUAUACAAAUUCAGCCGAUAAAACACACAGUAAUAAUUAUGAUUAUCGUUAUUCUCUAGCUGAAUUGUCUAAAACGUAUGGUGGACUUCAAGUUAAUUUUGAAGAUAUGGACAGAGGAUUAAUCUGA